AUCACACGGACGCAGACCAAUCUAUGGAGGGGCACACUCCAGUAAGUCUAAUACAAAUGUAGUUAGGGAUUUAAAGUGGUUCUGUUGAUUUUAAAUGUGUGUUUGAUAGUUACACUAAUUUAAAUGAAUACAUAUUCCUGCUCCUUUUUAGAUUGCUGAAAACCCACAUUCUGAAUUUGGACUGACAGAAAACAUCCAGGUAUGACAAUCAAUACGAUAAUUUGUCUGGAUGCAAAAUGUGCCUUUCAGAAAAUCAUGUCCAUGAAAAGGGGGCCAUUUCAAAGACUCAAACUAUCACACUGAAUUGUGAGAGUUAUGGUAACCUUGAUUGUCUACUGAAUAAGCAAUUUAUGCACAGCUCUCUAGCAUAGCAGGCACUAAUGUGUGAAACUCUGCUUUUUGGUUAAAAAAAACAUGAGAUUGCAAUUCAGAGUACACUUUUAAGAUGCUAACAUACAUGGAUAGUGGCUUGAGUAGUGGUAACUGUUGACAUUUCUGUAUCUCUGCUUUCACCACCUAAUUGUGUAGAGAAUAGUUGAAAAUGAGAAAGCCAACACAGAGAAGGUCUCCAAACAGAAGGUGGAUCUGCAGUCGCUCCCCACCAGGGCAUAUUUGGAUCAGACAGUGGUGCCCAUUCUUCUUCAAGGCUUAUCUGUGCUGGCCAAGGAAAGGUAUGUUGAAAAUGUCUGUGCAGGGGUUCAGAUUUUUUUUCCCAUUCACAUUUCUGAGUGACAUGUUUGGCAAUGCAUUUGUCAAAUGUAUAGAACAGGCAGUACUAUGAAAAGGGAAGAGCAUUUGGGUUUCAAGUAACUGUCAAGUUACCAGACUUUAAAUAUGUGCCUUUCUCCAUGUUGUCUUCUUUCAGACCUGCAAAUCCUAUUGAAUUCUUAGCAGCCUUCCUUCUCAAGAACAAAUCACAGUUUGAAGAUCGAAAU